AUGGCCUCGCAGAACGACGGCCAUGAUCGGCCUGUUCCUAUUGUUUCUUUCCUUGGCCCUAUUUCUUCAUACACUCAUCAGGCGGCGCUCAGUACAUUCGAGUCCGAUCGAUACGACUACCAACCAGCGAUCACCAUAACAGACGUUUUUGAUGCAGUUCAGUCUGGCGAGGCGGCUUUGGGCGUUGUUCCAUUCGAGAAUUCUACAAACGGAGCGGUCGUAUACACCUUCGAGCUUCUCGCAGAUCGACAUGACCGGUUUCCAGAUGUCACUGUCUGCGCUGAAGCCUACCUCGAUGUCAGUCACUGCCUCUUAGGCAAGAAGUGCGGAAAUAUCGAUUCUCCCAGCCUGUCUGGCGCGUGCACUCCUACGAUGUCGAGUCCGAAUCCUCUCAAGCCAAGAGUCUCCCCCCUCCACAGCGUGAAACAUGUCAAGCGACUUCUGAGCCAUCCACAAGCCUUCGGACAAUGCGAAACGUUUUUAGGUGUCUACUUGAAGGGCGUUGAGCGAGUCGAUGUCAGUUCUACAAGCAGGGCUGCCGAGAUGGUGAAGGAGGAUACAACGGGUACAAGUGCUGCCAUUGCGAGUAUCCUUGCCGCAGAAGUCCAUGGCCUUGAUGUACUUGCGAAAGGGAUCGAGGAUCGGGAAGACAAUACCACAAGAUUCUUGAUCAUUAAGAAAGGCGUUGACAAGAAGGCAGGAUCAGCACACAAGACCAAGUCCCUCAUCUCAUUCAAAGUUGAUCACGGCACGCCGGGUGCACUGGCAUCAGUGCUUCAUUGCUUCCAGAUCUAUGGUAUUAAUCUUACCAGCAUCAACAGCAGGCCGACUAAGGUCAUCCCAUUUCAGUACAUUUUUUUCGUAGAGUUUGAGGGAAGCAAGUUGCAUGAUCCAACAGGCAUGGUAAAGAAGACUUUGGAUGCUUUGGAGACCUAUGUGCAGAGUUGGAGAUGGUUGGGCAGCUGGGAUGAUAAGUUGAAGAAGAGGAUAUGA